AUGGCCGAGAUCCGUCGCAAGCUCGUGAUUGUCGGUGACGGCGCCUGCGGAAAGACCUGUCUGCUCAUUGUCUUCUCCAAGGGCACCUUCCCUGAGGUCUACGUCCCCACUGUCUUCGAAAACUACGUCGCCGACGUCGAGGUCGAUGGCAAGCACGUCGAGCUCGCCCUCUGGGAUACCGCCGGCCAGGAAGAUUACGACCGUCUCCGCCCUCUUUCAUACCCAGACUCCCACGUCAUCCUGAUCUGCUUUGCCAUCGACUCGCCCGAUUCGCUCGACAACGUACAGGAGAAGUGGAUCUCCGAGGUUCUGCACUUCUGCCAGGGCUUGCCCAUCAUCCUUGUCGGCUGCAAGAAGGAUCUGCGCUUCGACCAGAAGACUAUUGAAGAGCUGCACAAGACCUCCCAGAAGCCUGUAACUCCCGAGCAGGCUGAGGACGUCCGCAAGAAGAUCGGCGCCCAGAAGUACCUUGAGUGCUCGGCAAAGACCAACGAGGGUGUCCGGGAGGUAUUCGAGCACGCCACACGAGCUGCCCUGCUCACCCGGAAAGAGAAGAAGAAGUCCAAGUGCACAGUCUUGUAG